CGAGAAUAGCAAACAAAAACUCUCCCCAAACGUUCUCCACGUGAGCCAGCUUUAUCUUUCACAAGUCCAAACAGUAAUCCUGGUCCACCUUGGAUUGAUUACAACAACAAAUAACAGUGUCUUAGGGUUUGUUUAUUCAGAUUUCUCAAUCCCAACCCCACCCCCACCUCUCUGCCUUCAAUUUCUGCUUCUUAGAAGACCUUCAGCCUGUAAUCGGUCAAGCUAUUCGUCGUAUUUGGAUUUGUAGUUUCGAUCCGGGUGGAGCUCCGGGAAUCACAAUCGGAGCUGUUUCCUCGAUUCUGCAGCGGUUUAAUUCUGCAGAUGAUACUUAGUGUUUUGUUAUGUGAUGAUUACUACUUGAAGAAACUUCUUUGUUUAUUAUGAUCAAGAGAAUUAUCGUUCGGAGAUUUGAUUUUGAGGAGUCCAUUAAAGGGGAGGCCAAUUGAUGGAGAUUGUUUCUCGGUUCAUUGAUGGCAUGACUCUAUCUGUUUGUGCAUCAAUUACAGGAAAGGUUUUCAGUCAUCUUGCUCCUGAAUCUUCUGAAAGAUCGUGCACAACUUUGUAGGGGUAGCACCAGUCUUCUUGCAAGAAAUGGAUCCUGGUCGAUAUUGCCCUCAGCAAGGAUGGGAAAAUAACAGCGCUUUGGAGGGUUAUGGUGGAGUCCAUGAGCAUGACUUCCGGUGAGUGCUAACAGAUGUUUAAAAGGAUUCUUGCAUUUCAACAACUGAUUUCCUUUUAAUUGGUAUAAUUUUAUUUCUUAAUUCCCAUGAAGGACAAGAGUCUUGUUUUUAUAAUGAUUUCCUUUUAGUUGACAUCUUCAUUUUAGUUAUAUUACAUGAAGAAAUGCAUUGGAAUGUUAUUUUAAUGGUGUUGGUCCUUUGCUGCUAGCAUAAUUUCUUGGGCAGGCAUCUAUUUGGGGCUCUUCAAUUUUCUUGCUCUUUGCAUUCUAUCUUGUUCUUUGCUCUUCCUCUAUUCGCCUUUGCCUCAUUUUCUUUUGGUAGGGUUGGUGGUUCUUAUGAUGAUAGGAGAUUUGUUGAUGAACGGUUUUCAAGAGACAAUAUUUACCCUAGGAGUGGGUUUCACCGUGAUAUACUGGAGAGGGAGCAGUACCCACAUCCACCACCACCAGUUGGAUUGUGGACUCAAACAAGGAGAAGAAGUUAUGAAGAAGAAUAUCCACUGGAUAGGGAUUCCAGGAGGAAUGAGAAGAUGCCCGCCAGGUAUGGAGGACGUGACAGAGAUGAUUAUGCUUAUGAGCAUUAUGAUUAUCGCCAUCGCGUUUCUCAUCAAAGCAGGGAAGAUAGCCGUGAAAGGGACUAUGAUUAUGGUAGACACAGUUAUGAUUCUGACUAUGACAGAGGCAGUAGGAGAGACAGUAACUGGAGACGGCGUGAUUCCCGUGAUCGUGAGCAUGAUAGGAGAGCCUCAAGCCGGGAAAGAGAUCACAGUCCAUAUACAAGGCAUGAGCGUUCCCGUUCACGGUCUCGCGAUCGUGAUGAUCGCCUGAGGUCACGGUCUCCUCGAAGUCGAAGUCAUAGCCGUAGUCAUAGAGAGGACAGUUAUGAUGAUAUCCGAUAUGAUAGAAGUGAAAGGCGUAGGGACCAUGAUGACAGACGACACCAUGACAGCUACUCUGUGGCUCCUUCUGCUACUGUCGUUGUUAAGGGUCUUUCUCAAAAGACAACUGAAGAAGAUCUAUAUCAGAUCCUUGCUGAAUGGGGACCACUGCGCCAUGUUCGUGUGAUCAAAGAGCGAAAUUCUGGUGUCUCCCGUGGUUUUGCUUUUAUUGAUUUUCCUUCUGUGGAUGCCGCUAAAGCAAUGAUGGAUAAGCUUGGGGAUGAUGGCCUUCUUGUUGAUGGUAGGAAGCUUUUCUUCGAGUACAGUAGCAAACCAACUGGAGGGCCCAAUGGGCCUCUUGGUGUAGACAGUGCAUCGAGAUCUAGUCAAGGUAGCCACAGAAGAAUGACAGUUCCAUCUGAUUGGAUGUGUACAAUUUGUGGAUGUGUAAAUUUUGCACGGCGAACAUCCUGUUUUCAGUGUAAUGAGCCACGGACAGAUGAUGCUCCUCCAGCUGAUAUGGCAACAUCAAACCCUACAUCUCUUGCAAAGAGAGGAGAAGCAGGCCCUACCCAUGUUUUGGUUGUCCGUGGAUUGGAUGAAAAUGCUGAUGAAGAAAUGCUUCGCUAUGAAUUUUCUAAACAUGCUCCUAUCAAGGAUCUUCGACUUGUCAGGGACAAGUUUACCCAUGUUUCAAGGGGAUUUGCAUUUGUGCACUUCUAUUCGGACUCUGGGAAUAAUAGUAAUCAACAAUGUUCAAACAUAUUAUUCUUUCACUGCAAAGGACGCCUAUAUUUAAUUGUUGAGGACGCUACUAAAGCUCUUGAAGCAACUAAUGGAACAACUUUAGAGAGGAAUGGACAGAUCCUUAGAGUUGCAUAUGCAAAAAGUAUCCUUGGUCCAGGAUCAGGGGGACCUGGAGCUUCUCAGGCUAGUAGCCUUGCUGCUGCUGCCAUUGAAGCUGCAGCUUUUGCUCAACAGUAUGAUGCUGUUGGAUGGACACCAAAGGAAUACAAUCCAGAUGAAAAGCAAUCCACUGUUGCACAAGAGCAGGGUGAAGUUGCACAUCAAAAUGAUGCUUCAGCUCCACAAUCUGGGUUUGUGUGGGACGAAGCCUCUGGCUAUUAUUAUGAUGCUGCUUCUGGGUUCUACUAUGACGGAAAUACAGGUUUAUACUAUGAUGGUAACAGUGGGGUUUGGUAUUCAUAUGAUCACCAGACUCAACAAUAUGUUCCCUGCGGUGAUCAGAAUGACAAAACAGCUCAGAAACAAACUGAAAAUGUCAAGUCUGCUGAUGGAUCCAAUGCAAGAAAGGUUAUUAUAUCUGCACCUGCUACUAUGACAUCAACUGACAAGGCUGCCUCAUUACCAGAUGCCAUCCAAGCUGCAGCCACCGCAGCAAUAGCUGCAGAGAAGAAGGAGAAAGAGAAGUCAAAAGAAAUAAAAAUUGCAAAAAGCAGCAUCCUUGCCAACAAAAAGAAGAUGAGCAAUGUAUUAUCAAUGUGGAAGCAAAGAAGUCAUGAAGGUCAAGCACCACGCGUUGCUCUUGAUGAGAGUCAGACAGUAGCUGAAGAUAGAUCUCACUCAGUAGGACCAGCUGCAAAAACCAAAUUAAGAACUGAUUCUGUGGCUACUAGGGAGACUGCAACUACUGCUGGAUUUGCAGCAGGGACAACUGUCCAACCAAUGGGAAUUGAAUCCCAGGAUAGGGCUGUGACCAACAGUUCUGGGGUAACACUGAAGGGUGUCAUCAGAGGCUCUGGUCUUGGAGUGGUGAAAAAGGAUACCUUGUACACUGGAUCAUUAGGAAGUUCUACUUCACACUCUGCCACAGGUUCAUCUUUAUUGAUCAAUUCAGAUGUCUCAACAAGUCCAAUGCCCUCUCGAACAGAUACAUCUGCAAUGAGCUCCUAUACACCACCUGCGUCUGCUGGAGGUGGUAAAAGAAGGUUUUCUGAGAUGCCAUCACAACCUUUUCCUGACAAGGAACAGCCUUCAAAUAUUACCUAUCGAGAUCGUGCUGCUGAGCGAAGGAGUUUGUAUGGUUCUUCAUCAUUCGGAGACAAUUUGUCUGAUCACGGAGAUUCAAAUCGGGACUCCACAUUGAAAAGGGGUGUCUUUGAUCCAACACCUUUCCCACCAGGAGUUGGGGGUGGACGUGUUCCUGGAGAUGCAAAUUCUCAGAGCUAUGAGAUUAUUACAUCUGAUCGAGCUAUUGAUGAGAGUAACGUUGGGAACCGUAUGCUCAGAAAUAUGGGCUGGCAAGAGGGCUUGGGAUUGGGAAAGGAUGGGAGCGGGAUGGUAGAGCCGGUCCAAGCGCAGUCCAUGGACAGUAGAGCGGGACUCGGAAGCCAGCCAAAGAAGCUGGAUCCAAGCCUUGAAGCUCAAGCGGGUGAUAGCUACAAAACUCUUAUACAGAAGAAGGCGAUUGCCAGGUUCCGAGAAAUGUCGUAGAUUUUAGUUGGUAGAUCUUGGCUUAGGUUGCUGCAGAGUAUGAUUUUAGGUGUUCUAUUCUGUUUCUCCUGGUCCCACUUGGUGCCAUAGAUAUAGCACUAUCUGGAAAAUGCAAUUCCAUUUUGCAGAGUUCCUUGCACCCCCAUUGUCUUCUCUCAAUGAACACUCAUAUUCAAAGGUUGUGAAUUGUAAACAUCCUUGUUUGAUACUUGUCCAUUUCUAUUUUAUUUGGAGUAUUAUUUUUCUAAGUGAAA